CGCGAUACUUGAGUCACUUCUCUUAGAGUGUCCGAUUUAUCGGAAUGUUAUGGAUCUCAAACGAAUGCUGACGCGCUUGAGAACGAUGCGAAUCGUCUUCCUGGUGUUGACUACUGUUGCGCGGGGGAUACUCAGUGGAGAGUUGAUGUACAUUAUUUUGGACGGUCAUUUUACUUCCAUGUGUUGGCUUCACGCAGACAUGAAUGCGUGUACGCUGGCCAGCAUAGCAUCCACUCUGCUGUUGAUUGUGUCCGGUUCUUUUCUAUUGCUUGAUGUACUGGGUGCAUUGGAUUUUGUUGAGCGCCCACUUGUGACGAAAGCUGCGCUGUUUGUUGAUGGCCUGCUGGUUGGGCAGUUGGUGUUCAUCUUUGUGGGCUCGUUCUCUUAUACACUCGUGCAGUGGAUUCGAACUGUUGUGGACUGGCCUUAUAUCACACUGGACGAUGACAAACAUGUGUGUCCUGAAUUGGAUGAUUGCAGUAUACCUGUACACGUUCACUAUUGUGCUAUGAUACUGUUGGUCAUUUUCAUCACGAACUUGUGUCUGUUGAGCUUGCAGUUCUUCCGAAUCAAGAAGGCUCUUGCUUGUAUUGAACUAGUAAAUGAUGCUGGUUGAUGUGCAAGGCAACUGGUGUUGUAAAUAGGUUGAAUGUUGUUAGAGAAUUUGUGUACAUUAAUUGUAUAUACUGUAUUUCUGAGAAUUUAUCACGUGACAGUUAACCAACUUAGUUGUUCUCUUGAUGCUUCCUCUUUAGACCUAGAAGUGUCAUUGAGGUGCACUUCCAAUCAAGACAUUGCUACUCGUGUGUGUCUGGCCAACUAAAAGUUUUAGACUAUUUACAGUUCAACAUUUUGUACAGAUUAGUGUCUUCAUGGGAUUGGAAGAGUCUCAUAUUAAUUUUAUUUGCUCUAUUUCUAACUGCAGUUACUACUAACUAUAAAUUAA